AUGAAAGAUGCUUACCAAAAGUAUUGCAAGAAUGGUGCUAUUUGCGCCGUCGCCCUGCCAUUUAGUCGACCAGAGAUUCUUCUACCCAAGCAUCUCAUUCACUGGAUGACGACUCAGAGCGAUAAUGUGUUGAACCCCACACCAAUACAGCAUGAGCUUGUCGCAGCAAAAUAUGCCUUCUUUAGCUCCUCCGUCCAGAAGGAGACUGCCGUAUACGAUGUUCUUCGGGUCCAGAUGAACAGACACGUCCCGAAUCUGGUACCCAAACUCGGAGAGAAACUAACAUCUUCAAUUGACCAAAUCUUUGGAUGCAACACUGAAUGGAAGGAAGUACAAGUUUUUCUUCUCGUUCGGCGUGUUUUUGCAAAAGUAAUCACUUGGUUUGUUGUUGGUGAUGAUUUGUGUAAGGCACUCUUAUCUUACGAGAGAACUAGUACUGAUACCAGUAUAGGCCGUGACCAGCAACUCGUGGACAACUUGGACAAAUUCUCCAGCACUGUCAUACCAAGUGCGAUAGCUAUAUCACUUUUCCCUGACUUCUUGAAGCCUAUCUCUUCUCGGUUCAUCUUGAUUCUCAACCGUGUCUACCUCAAGAGAUCGAUCAAGGUUCUUGGUCCAUAUAUCGAAAAGAGAAUCGCUGAGAUAGAGAAUGGAGCUUCGAAGACUCGUUCGCAAGAGAACGUGUUGACGUGGCACAUCGAGGAAGCCCUUCGCAAGAAAGAACCCCGAGAAACCAUGGCCGACAUGGUAGCCUGUCGCCUCUUCGCCACCAUCAUGGCUGCUUUGGAGUCUACCACCCUUGCCAUGACGAAUACCCUGUUCAAAAUCUCCGCAAGUGAGAACUCAACUGAGAUAUGGGAUAUUCUGAAACAAGAGAGUGAAGAAGCGCUAUCAGCCAAGAUCGAACUGGAGAGUGUCAACAAGCUGCAUCUUGCAGACAGUGCAAUCAAGGAAACUCUCAGGUUACAUACGGCACUCAAAGCUCUCAGUGUUCAAGUCAUGCAGCCUGCAGGAAUCACACUCAAAGACUAUGGCAUCCACCUUCCGCUUGGAUCACGCAUCGGUGUCUCGGCAUGGGGCGUUCAUUAUGAUGAGGAUAUAUAUCCGAAUGCCUACAAAUACGACGCUUUUCGACAUAUGCAACUCUCCCAAGACGGAGAAAAGCCCAGCAACACACAUCUAAUGGUUUCGCCUUCUGAGAAUUAUCUUUCUUUUGGCUACGGAAAACAUGCUUGUCCAGGACGACAAUUUGCAUCUGCUUUACUAAAGAUAUUCUUAGCUCAUGUGGCAACCAAUUACGAUUUUGAACAAGUUGAUAACAAACCAGGAUUCUUUAACCUCGGACAUCUCCCAACACCACCAGUGGAGGCAAAGCUGAGGAUGAGGAGGAAGAGUGGUUUUGCCAAGUCGAUGGAGGAUAGUUCCUUGGUUUGA